UCAGAAACGCAGAAAUAUAAAUACAUGAAAAAGAGUUUGUAUGUGAACAUUCCCAACUGAUCUCUUUAUAUGUUCUAAAAAAAAUCUGUGUCAAACUUUCAGUAUUCGGAUAAGAACUUCUAUUCGGAAGCUGUUAGAAUAAAUCACAAGCAUGAGCUUCAGCGCUUCAUCCAUCUCUGGUCUGGGUGUGAAGAAGUUUGAGUCGCAAACUGAGGUGGACGAGAAGAAACGGCUUCGACAGGAGGAAUGGGAGAAGGUGCGCAAGCCCGACGACCCUGAAGUAUUCCCUGAGGAGCCUGUAGAUAACAGAUGUCUCUAUGACAAACUCGAAGAGCAACGGCUGAAGAAACAGGAGGAGUUUGAUGAAAAAGUUGCCUUCCGAAACCAGGUGAGGAGACUGGAUGAAGAUGAGACACAAUUCCUCGACUUCUGUACAGAACGACAACAGGAUAUUAAGGAUGAGAGACGAUUGGAAGAACAGAGAAUAAUUUCAGAGAUGAAAGAUUCUCGGGUUGUAAAAGUUGAAGAGAAAGAAGCAGUAAAUAAAACAGAAGAGAAAAAGCCUAGACCACAAACUGCACAAGCUUCCAAGAAAUCUCAACUGUCGUUACUAGCAGGGGCUGUCAAGCGAAAAAGCACUGAGGAGACUUCGCCGACAAAGAAGGUCAAGUUGGAUGGCAAAACUGAACCAGUGGCAGACAACACAUCUCUAAGUUCCUCCCCAAAACCUCAGCCAGUUGUUACUAGUAAAAAUGGAGGAGUAGCAAAAGUUGUGGCCGUGUUGCCUGUAGCCUUGGCGGGCCUUACAGACUAUGCUGACUCCAGCGAUUCCCUUUCAAGCAGCAGUGACUCGGAGGAGGACUUUAGCUUGUCGGGAAGAAAUAUAGCCAUGCAAGCUAUGCAGGCUGUGAAACAGCACGUCAAACAACAGCAGCAUCAGUGAUUUAAUGCAGGGGUUGGUGCUGGUGUAACAACAGCAGCAUCAAUGAUUUAAGGCAGGGGGUGGUGCUGGUGUAACAACAGCAUCAUCAGUGAUUUAAAGCAGGGGGUGGUGCUGGUGUAACAACAGCAGCAUCAUUAACAACAGCAGCAUCAGUGAUUUAAGGCAGGGGGUGGUGCUGGUGUAACAACAGCAGCAUCAGUGAUUUAAGGCAGGGGGUGGUGCUGGUGUAACAACAGCAGCAUCAGUGAUUUAAAGCAGGGGGUGGUGCUGGUGUAACAACAGCAGCAUCAGUGAUUUAAAGCAGGGGGUGGUGCUGGUGUAACAACAGCAGCAUCAGUGAUUUAAGGCAGGGUGAUGGUGCUGGUGUAACAACAGCAGCAUCAGUGAUUUAAGGCAGGGGGUGGUGCUGGUGUAACAACAGCAGAAUCAGUGAUUUAAGGCAGGGGGGGUGCUGGUGUAACAACGGCAUCAUCAGUGAUUUAAUGCAGGGGGUGGUGCUGGUGUAACAACAGCAGCAUCAGUGAUUUAAGGCAGGGGGUGGUGCUGGUAUAACAACAGCAGCAUCAGUGAUUUAAGGCAGGGGGUGGUGCUGGUGUAACAACAGCAGCAUCAGUGGUUUAAGGCAGGGGGUGGUGCUGGUGUAACAACAGCAGAAUCAGUGGUUUAAGGCAGGGGGUGGUGCUGGUGUAACAACAGCAGCAUCAGUGAUUUAAAGCAGGGGGUGGUGCUGGUGUAACAACAGCAGAAUCAGUGAUUUAAAGCGGUGCUGAUGUAACAACAGCAUCAUCAGUGAUUUAAUGCAGGGGGUGGUGCUGGUGUAACAACAGCAGAAUCAGUGAUUUAAAGCAGGGGGUGGUGCUGGUGUAACAACAGCAGCAUCAGUGAUUUAAAGCAGGGUGAUGGUGCUGGAUUAGAGUGAAUUGAGGGAUGCAUGAAAAAUGGAACUUUUAAUGUGAAUCAGCAUAUUGGGAGCCAUAUCUUCAAGACCUGUUCAAUUCAGGUUAUUCAUGUUAGACUAUUCUAAUUACAACAACAGUUUAGUAGUGAUUAAAAAAUUAGACACAUACAUGUAUAUAUCAUAAUCGACUCACAGAAAUAAUCGGUCAAGAUCCAUCAACCAUGGAUUUUACAUUUAAAACUUACAAUAUGAAGGAAAGUUCAUUGAAAUUCAAAUAAAACUUUUUCAAUAAAAGAAUGGUUACGGUAAUUGUAAACUGUUGGUUGGAAAUAUUUCAAUUUGUUAAUGUCCCAUUCUUGCCGUCUUAUAUUAUCUAAUGAAAUGCUACGGCAUAUAAAAAGAAAAUAGCAAUAACAAACAAAAUCGAUUAUCGCUGUCUGCAGAAGCAAACCACCAACUUUCAACAAUAACAGUUAACCAAAACCUGAUCAUUGUUUUAUCCUUAAUGUUAAGGUUCAAACUGAAGAUGCUUAGAAAUUUGUAAUGUUAAUUAUUAACAUUGCUCCAAUUUCUCAAAACUUCUUAAGUCCCUUAUAAUAGGAUUAAGCUAAGCUCACUCCAUUUGUUUUUCAAUAAUUUGCGUAAUAUUUACUUCCUAAAGAGUUUUUAUAGAAAUCAUCUUUAUGAUAAUCACAAUAAAUCAUUUUUCGUUUAACAAAAUUCAAUUUAAGUAUGUAUUUUGGCUGAUUGAAAUAAGUUUAAGCCUGUUAAGCUUAAAAGAAGUUUUGAGAAAUUUGGGCCAGUAUACAUAGCGGCAUAAAUGAUUUAUGUACAAUAGUGAAGUGCAUGUUGUUUUUUCUGAGAGAUGCAUAUAUGAGGAUAAUCCCUAUAUGCUGAACACUGUGUUAUACUUAUUUUAUGAAAUGACUUAGACCAUAAAUUUAAAUACUGCUGAACACAUUUAUAUCACUUCAAAUGUUGCAAUGUACCAGAAUCAUAACCAGCAAACAGGUUAUAUUGACAUAUACUAAAGUAUGUAUAGUUAUGUGAAACUUUGAAUGCCUUGUGACCCCCAUAUUAUGUUAGUGUCAUUUUAAAGGGUUUUCUGUGUUAAGACAAGAUUAUUAUUAUUUUCAAAAGUCAUUUCAGUUGAAAUAAAAAAUUAAAAUUUCUUUUAUGCGUUUUCGAUCAUUUAUUUUACGAUAUUUGUAAUUAGCAAAAAGGUACCCUUUUAUGAUUAAUAAUACAAAAAUUAUAUGGGUCUACCAGGCACCCUUAUAUUACAUUAUUGCCAACGUUGUGAUGCAAUUACUAGCUUAUUCCUGCAUCAGAUACCUCAAUAUUACAGGUACAUGCAACUGUACCUUUGAAACAUUUUAGGCUUAUGCAUUUAUUACUUUAUAUAUAUAGAAUACAACCUACAUUUUCAGCCAAUAAAAUUGCAGAUUGGCAGUUAUUUAGUACUAGGUGUAAUCAUUAAAAAUAUCAUCUUUUGUGGGUGCUUAAUGUCUGCCUACUGCCACUCAUGCGAUACACAUUCCCUGCGUCAGAAUAUAAUAAUAUGUCAGCCAAUGGUGUUGUUUUCUAAGUGAGUUAAAUGACCUGAAGUAAAAUCUUAGUAAAAUCUUGAUGAUUAAGAUUUUACUUCAGGUCAUCUAACUAUUACUUAAUCCCUGCAACAGUGUUAAACAUAUUUGGAUACCUUGUUUCAUUAUUACUAUAUUUUCAUGUUCCAUUGUUUUAGUCAUUACUGGAAUAAAUUAUUUGACUGAG